AUGAGCGCCAGCUCAACCACCGUAAAUGGCACCAUCGCGGACGAUGUACUGCACUCAGAAGAGGACGAAAUUGAAAAACUACCCGUCUUCCAUACGGGAUCGACAUGGCACAUGGCACCUGAAGUGCGCCAAAUGAGGGAUCGAGAUGAAGAAGGUGGAGAGAAACCCAGGAAACUCGGCGUGACCUGGCGAAAUCUCACUGUCAAAGGCGUGCGCAGUGAUGCCACGUUCAAUGAGAAUGUGCUCUCCCAGCUUUCCCCCUUCAACAAGAAUAGCAAAGGUACCCAAUUGAAGACCAUCAUUGAAGAUUCAUAUGGAUGCGUUAAGCCUGGGGAGAUGCUACUUGUGCUCGGACGGCCCGGUGCUGGCUGCACAACGUUACUGAGCGUGCUCGCCAACAAUCGGCUCGGCUACGACGAAAUCACUGGGGACGUCACCUAUGGAAACAUGUCUGCCGAGGAAGCUAGACAAUAUCGUGGCCAAAUUAUCAUGAACACAGAAGAGGAGAUCUUCUUUCCGACCCUCACUGUCGGCGACACCAUCGAUUUUGCUGCUCGUAUGAAGGUUCCCUAUCACCUACCGCCGGGGUUCAUGUCAAAAGAGGCAUACGUGCAGUCCUACAAAGAUUUUCUCCUGCGGUCCGUUGGAAUAUCCCAUACCGCGCGUACGAAGGUGGGCGAUGCUUUUAUCAGAGGUGUUUCGGGAGGGGAGAGGAAACGGGUGUCUAUUCUUGAAUGCCUGGCCACUCGGGCGAGCGUCUUCUGCUGGGAUAACUCGACUACAGGCCUCGAUGCCAGCACAGCACUGGAGUGGAUAAAGGCAAUCAGGAUAAUGACGGAUAUUCUGGGCCUUACCACAAUUGUUACGCUCUACCAAGCGGGCAACAGAAUCUACGAACAUUUUGACAAGGUCCUUGUCCUUGAUGAGGGCAAGCAGAUAUUCUACGGACCCCAGAAGGACGCUGUGCCAUUCAUGGAGGAUCUUGGCUUUAUGAGGGAUUCCGGUUCCAACUGGGCAGAUUUCCUGACAGGUGUGACAGUCCCUACCGAGCGCCUCAUUGCUCCUGGAUAUGAAGACGAGUUCCCACGUACUGCGAGUGAGAUCCUCACCGCAUAUAAAGGCCGGAAACUCAAGCACGAGAUGGAGCAGGAGUGCCAAACCUACUCAACAAGCGAGGAAGCCGUAGAAAACACGGCCGUCUUCAAGGAUAUGGUCACUCGUGAGAAGCACAGGGGUGUCUCUGAGGCGUCUCUCGUUACUGCUGAUUUCAUAACACAGGUAAAGGCUGCCGUUAUCAGACAGUACCAACUGAUGUGGGGUGACAAGGCAACGCUCCUCAUGAAGCAGGGUGCUACAGUCAUCCAGGCACUCCUCGGCGGAUCUCUCUUCUAUUCUGCUCCUGAUAAUUCGGUUGGCCUUUUUCUCAAGGGCGGUGCACUGUUUUUUUCUAUCCUAUACAACGCCCUUAUAGCCCUAUCAGAAGUUACCGACUCUUUCACGGGCAGACCGAUUUUAGCCAAGCAUCGCUCGUUCGCCUUGUAUCACCCAGCGGCUAUCUGCCUCAGCCAAAUCAUCGCUGACUUCCCCAUACUGUUAUUUCAAGUAACACACUUUGGCCUUGUCCUCUACUUUAUGGUUGGUCUGAAGACCUCAGCUGGAGCGUUUUUUACCUACUUGAUCAUUAACUUCAUGACCGCCAUGUCGAUGACAGGCUUCUUCAGACUCGUCGGUGCCGCAUUCCCUACAUUUGACGCUGCGACCAAAGUCUCGGGGUUGUCAAUUGUGGGCUUAUUUGUCUACAUGGGCUACAUGGUUAUCAAGCCUGAGAUGCAUCCAUGGUUUGUUUGGAUUUUUUGGAUUAAUCCGAUGGCGUAUGGAUUCGAAGCUCUCCUUGGGAACGAAUUUCAUGGACAGAAUAUACCCUGCUAUGGCCCUAACCUUAUACCGAAUGGGCCUGCCUACGUUAAUGGUGAGGGCGGGCAAGCAUGUGCUGGUGUUGUUGGAGCAGCGCCUGGCUCGACAAGCCUCACGGGCGAUGAGUAUCUUGCAGGCAUGUCCUUUAGUCAUAGCCAUGUCUGGCGCAACUUCGCCAUUAUCUGUGCCUGGUGGGUGCUCUUCGUUGCGAUCACUAUAUUUUUCACCUCGAGGUGGAAGCUACUUGGGGAAGGUGGCCGCGAACUCCUUAUUCCUCGAGAGCAACAGCACAAGUCAAAGCAUCUCUUGCAGUCUGGAGACGAGGAAGCGCGUGUUCCGGAGAAGUCACCAGUGAACUCCCAACCAGAUACAUCAGGCCGCAACCUCAGAAAUGACCUCCUCCGUAACAGGAGUAUAUUCACCUGGAAAAAUUUGACUUAUACCGUUAACACCCCUGACGGUGACCGCGUUCUCCUUGAUAACGUGCAGGGCUUUGUCAAACCGGGCAUGCUUGGGGCUUUAAUGGGUUCCUCUGGUGCCGGAAAGACAACACUUCUGGACGUUCUCGCGCAAAGAAAAACUUCUGGUACUAUCCAUGGAUCCGUCUCAGUCGAUGGGCGCCCUGUUCCUAUUUCAUUCCAACGCUCAACUGGCUAUGUUGAACAGUUGGAUAUCCAUGAGCCUUUGGCAACCGUCCGCGAGGCCCUAGAAUUUUCAGCACUCUUGCGUCAAUCUCGCGAUACACCCACCAAAGAGAAGUUGCAAUACGUGGACACCAUUAUUGACCUCCUGGAAUUACAUGAUCUUGAACAUACACUUGUUGGUCGCCCAGGGAGUGGACUUUCAGUGGAGCAACGUAAACGUCUCACUAUUGGGGUUGAACUGGUAGCAAAGCCAAGUAUCCUGAUCUUCCUUGAUGAGCCUACAUCAGGACUUGAUGGUCAGGCUGCCUAUAAUACUGUUCGUUUCCUUCGCAAACUCACAGAAGCAGGACAGGCCGUCUUGGUCACUAUCCAUCAACCAUCAGCUCAAUUAUUUGCACAAUUCGAUCAGCUGCUAUUGUUGGCUGCAGGCGGGAAAACAGCAUACUUUGGAGAUAUCGGCCAGAAUGCAGAUGCCAUCAAGGAAUACUUUAGUCGCUAUGGAGCCCCUUGCCCUCCUGAAGCUAAUCCUGCCGAGCACAUGAUUGAUGUCGUGUCAGGUAUAGGAGAUCAUGGGAAAGAUUGGAACCAAGUCUGGCUGCGGUCACCGGAAUAUGGCGAGCUCUCUAAAGAACUGGACACCAUCAUUGCCGAAACUGCCGCUCGACCUCCAGCAGUCAAUGAUGACGGACAUGAAUUUGCGGCUUCGAUAUGGACGCAAACAAAACUUGUGACACAUCGCAUGAACAUCUCGCUGUUCCGGAAUACUGAAUACCUAAAUAACAAAUUCGCAAUGCACAUCAGCAUGGCGCUAUUGAAUGGAUUUACCUUUUGGAAGAUAGGAGAUUCACUCACAGACCUGCAGCAGAACCUCUUCACUGUCUUCAACCUUAUUUUUGUUGCUCCGGGUAUUAUUUCUCAGCUCCAACCUCUUUUUAUUGACCGGCGCGAUAUCUACGAGGCGCGAGAGAAGAAGAGCAAGAUGUAUCACUGGGCUCCGUUCGUCACGGGCCUAAUAGUCUCGGAAUUUCCUUACUUGCUUGUUUGCGCAUUGCUGUAUUAUGUUUGUUGGUACUUCACUUGCGGCCUCCCUACCUCAGCCGACCACACUGGCAGUGUGUUCUUUGUUGUCGUCAUGUAUGAGUGUCUUUACACCGGCAUUGGACAAAUGAUUGCCGCGUAUACCCCAAAUGCCGUCUUCGCGUCACUCGUCAACCCCCUGGUCAUCACCACCCUCGUCUCAUUUUGCGGUGUCAUGAUCCCAUACAGCCAAAUCGAGCCGUUCUGGAGAUACUGGAUGUACUACAUCGACCCCUUUAACUACCUUAUGAGUUCCAUUCUCGUCUUCACUACCUGGGAAAAGCAUGUUAAUUGUAACCCGGCGGAACUGGCUGUAUUUGACCCACCCCCCAAUCAAACCUGUGGCGAAUACCUUGACAUCUACUCUCGCGACUUGGGGGCAGGCACGAAUCUCCUCAACCCCGACGACAUCACCGGCUGUCAGGUGUGCCAAUACACUCAAGGUGGAGAUUACCUUCGUACACUGAACCUCGCAGAGGAGUAUUACGGGUGGAGGAAUGCAGGUAUUGUUGUUGUGUUUGUGGUUGGUAUUUACGGGCUCGUGUUCCUCAUGAUGAAAUUCAGGACCAAGGCUAGCAAGAAAGCCGAGGAUUAG